GCCAGCGUUCUUUUUCUGUCUGUCGUGUGCCUAGCAAGCUAGGCGAACACUUCUGUUGUCAGAAAGGUGUGACUUUGUGAAAUAACGAUUUGGAAACAAAUAAACAACCUACCGUGCAGAUGGCGGACCCUGCGGUGAUGGCGGGUGGAUUCAGUGCUAUAGUAGGGCGUUCCGGGUGUGGUAAGGCCACGUCCAGCCCAGCAGAGAAUUACCAGCUUGCCCGGCGUCGCACCCUCCAAGUGGUAGUGAGCUCUCUGCUGACAGAGUGUGGAUUCGAGAGCGCAGAGAAGGCCACCGUGGAAUCACUGACUGAGAUGAUCCAGAGCUACAUAUCUGAAGUAGGUCGUUGUGCCAAGGCAUACUGUGAACACACAGCUCGAAUCACGCCCACCCUCUCUGACGCUGUGGUCACACUCAAUGAAAUGGGUUUCAAUGUGGACACUCUGCCAGGGUAUGCCAAGAGAUCACAGAGGAUGGUUAUAACUGCUCCUCCAGUGACGAAUGCUCCUGUGAUCCCAAAGGCCUUGAUUGCUGGACAGAAACGCACUCAUCCCUCCCACAUCCCCAGCCACUUCCCGGAGUUCCCCGAUCCUCACACUUACAUCAAAACUCCAACGUUUCGGGAGCCUGUGUCAGAUUACCAGGUGGUGCGAGAGAGGGCAGCUUCUCAGAGAAGAGAUGUAGAGCGAGCACUCACACGCUUCAUGGCCAAGACUGGAGAAACACAGAGCCUCUUCAAGGAUGAUGUCACUGCCUUCCCAUUGAUCGCAGAGCGGCCCAGCUCCAUCCCGUACCUCAGUGCCCUGCUGCCCUCAGAACUGGAGCUGCAGACUCUGGAGGAGACAGAUUCCUCUGAACAGGACGAUCAGACCGACAGCGAGAACACGCCAGUCAACAACCUCAAUGAUGAUCCUGGAGCUGAUAAGGAGAAUUCUGUGCUUCUUGCUGGGGGCGUGGUUCCCUUGGUGAAGGUCAGUGAAGAAAGCAUGAUUGACAACCCAUACUUGAGGCCAGUCAAGAAACCCAAAGUGAGGAGGAAGAAGUGAGAGUUUACUACACUUAGCUACUAAUUUGGACUUCUGUCAGCCACAACAAAGAGUGAAUUGUAAAGAAGCAGUCAACAGCUCUGUGCUUCUGAGAAGUGGACCCACGUGGACAUCUGAGGUCAGGGACUCCAACCUUUCAACUUCCUACAUGGCAAAUACUGCUCAUUAUGACACCCUUCACCAGUUACAUUCAUGAGAAAACAGACAUUUGCUAAAUGUAAUAUUUUUCAAAUUUGUGGAAUGGUUCUGUCGUGCAAGAAAAUGUAGCAUUUGCUAAAAUGUUAUUUUUACCCAUUUCCGAAUGAUUUCAGUCGUUUGUGAAUAAUGAACAGGAAAUAAAAUGUUUUGAUUUGUAAUUUUAACAUUAAUUUACCCAAAUGACACAUUUCAGCCUAUCGCCAAAUAUACACUGAACAAAAAAAUAAAACGCAACAUGUAAAGUGUUGGUCCCUUGUUUCAUGAUCUGAAAUAAAACAUGUCCCAGUU